GUGAUUUGCCACAGAGGCGGCAGCGGAGCAUAGCACUCGUCCUGGAGGGGGUUUAAACCCUAAGAAAAACUCUGUUGAUUGUCUUGAAUUGAUAUUCCUUCGUGUGUCCGGCCUGCAGAGCUGAGAAAAACUGUGCGCGGUGCGUAAUUACGCACGGGGACGACGGAUCUGCGGUGUUGCUCGCAGUGGAAACCCGCGGACAAAGGAAGGCAGGCAGGCAGGCUGGAGUACAACAACUGACUUGAGAAGAGAGGAGUACUGUCGGAGGGGAAACGGGUGGAAUCUGGAGUCGGAAGUGAUUUGUCAUUCUUUUUUUCGAAAUGUAACUUGAAACGUUCAACAUUUCCAGGAAGAAGCGAGACAGUUUGGAAAGCGAGGGGAGUAGAGGAGAAACAGUGGAGUGGUGAGUGGAACCAGUCUGCAAAUCAGCAUCCAGAUCUUCGGAGCAUGGGGGAGCAGCCCAUCUUCAGUGCCAGAGCUCAUGUCUUCCAGAUCGACCCGGCCACCAAACGCAACUGGCUGCCGGCCAGCAAACAUGCCGUCACCGUUUCCUUCUUCUAUGAUGCCAGCAGGAGUGUGUACCGCAUCAUCAGCGUGGGUGGGACGAAGGCCAUCAUCAACAGCACCAUCACCCCCAACAUGACGUUCACUAAAACCUCCCAGAAGUUUGGGCAGUGGGCCGACAGCCGGGCCAACACCGUCUACGGGCUGGGCUUCUCCACGGAACAGCAGCUGCAGCAGUUUGCGGAGCAGUUUAAGGAGGUGAAAGAGGCGGCCCGUCUGGCCAGAGAGAAAUCUCAGGAGAGGUUUGAAUUAGCUAAUCCUGCACUCAACAUCGCUGCUCCAGAGAUCUCCCAGGAGUUGUCAGAGGACCGCCAUUCUCCACCUCUGCUUACAGUCAACGGGCCCGGAGAGGAAAAGCUUUUCCGCAGCAAGAGCGCCGAAGUGGAGCUGACGGUGGAGAAGGAGAGGGUCAAAAAGAUGCUGUCAGAAGGGUCCAUGUGUGAGAUAAACCUGGAGGCUGAACUCUUCACCCUGCAGGACAGUAAUGCUAAGCUGGUGGCAGCGCUGCAGGAAGCUAACGGCAGUGUGGAGCAGUGGAAGAAGCAGCUCGCUGAGUACCAGGAGGAGACUGAUCGCCUCAAAGACCAGGUGGCGGAGCUGGAGGCCCAGCUGGGCCAUCCUUCUGCUGUCCAGACCAGUGGAGAGGAGCUGAGCCGCUCUAUGGAGGAGCUGGAAGUCCUGCUGAGUGCUAAAGACCAGGAAAUACACAAUCUACAGAGCAAGAAAACAGAUGUGGGUGAGCUAGAGAAGGAGAGAGAGGAGGCCAUGCAGAGACUGCAGGACCUGGAGAGACGAAACAGUGAGUUAGAGGAUCAGGUCCAGAGUGCUGAGAAGACGCUCGCCUCCAGCGAGGAAGAGCGGGAGCAGGCGGAGGGUGAGGUCCGACGAGUCAUUGAGGUUCUGGACGUCAAAAUCUGCGACCUUAAAGACCUGAAACAGAGCCUGGCAAAACUCAUCGACAAGUAGCUGCAGCAGCAGAAAUUGGGCUGCAUCUCCACAGUCAGCACAGGUUGCACUUGCAUUGCGUUAUCCCGAGGUUUGGGCAGAGCAGAAGUCGAAGCAAUACGGAGGAGGAGGUACAGGUGUUUACCUUCACAGAUCUGUUUUUUAUGAUCAGUGCUGGUAUACAGCAGAUAUCAGAAUCCUCUCAAAGGUGCUGUCUGCAGAAUAAAUCAUUGAUUAAGUUAAACUGCAACCUUGUUAUGAUUAUCUCAAACACUGCUACUUGUUUUGUCCGUAUCACACUUCAAGCAGCUGCAUGACCUUUAACUCUUCUACACCUGAUGAGGAAAGGAAGAUUUUUACACCAGUGUUUCACUCUUUUCUACAUCUGCCAUCACUGCAAACUCUGAAAGCUGAAGAUCCAUUUGUCUUUGGAGCAACAGCGCCCUCCUGCUCUUUUUGUUGCCAUAGCAAUUCAGAUUUCUUUCUAAAUGUGACCUGAUGGAUUCACAAUGCAUCAGAGAAGUGGCUGCAGUGAUGGUCUUAUCAUUUAUGUUUAUUAUACUGAGAAAGUAGUUUAUUAAUUGCAAAACUACACAGCUUACCUUUAAAACAGGAUUUGCACCAAAAGUAAUAAUAAGAUGGUUACUCUGCAAAAGUAGAUUGUUGUUUCAAAAGGUAGCGAAAUAUCAAAUAUCGGUACUUUUUUGUUCGUAUAUUUUUGUGUUUUUUUCUUAACACAACUCACAGUACUUACUCUCAUUGAAUUAUAGUGGAAAUAGAUGCAAUAAAGCUCUGAAAGAAGUUAAGAACACAAGGUCAAAAGCCUUGACGUGUUAAAUAAAAGCUUGUGCUGCUCUGUUUUUUUUCUUUUGUUUGUUUUUUACAGCAGACCUAGACGUCUUAUCCAUUGAACCAUGUCCAGUCUCGGUUAAACUUCAGUCUAGUAACAGCAGGAUGUGAGAUGUUAUAUGGGCUAAGAACUCCUACCAAAAAAACUGUGCUAAAUACUUUUUUUUCUAUGUUGUUGGACAUUUGUAGACAUGUCAAUGUUUGUUACUGCAGUUUGGCUUCAACACAUGACAGUUACAGCCUGUGGCCAACACAUAGUACAGUAUAUAUUCCGGUAAGACCAAUGCAUUUAGAUGUGCGUUAUUCCAUGAAAUUAUAGAUAUGAGAAGUAACUUUAUGUUAAGACAACUAGUAAAAUGAUAUCCAUGUAAAAUGUCUGCUUUUGCACAGUAACAAUCCUGAGCCGUAGUGGUGCAAUCCUUCCCUACACUGUGGAGAUGCACCCAAAGUGAGUUGGGUCUUAAGGACACAUUGAGACAAAGACCCUGAAUAAAAAUAAUCUCCAUCAGCAGCUUGGACUGGCCUCACAGCAGCCGGAUCAUCAACAAACAAUUGCAACAACCUGCUCACUUUCUGUCCUCUGAGGAUCGCCAGCGUACCAACGGGUUUUGUUUCUGUUUGAGGAGGGACUGCUCUUUUUCACACACUUAUUCUAUUACUCCUGUUCAUCGAUGGGUUACAUUGACGCUUGAGGUGUGAAAUCAACAAUAUGUCGUGGCUAAUUUGCUGCUAAAUACCACACUGACAGACAGAUCAGUAUGUGAAGGAAAGGUCCGGAGGUGUUACUGCAGAAAGUGACGUUGCUUUUCCGCCCUAAUGUUGUUGAACCUGAGAUUGCACUUGUUGUUUGUGCCAAGUUUAAUUUUGUUUACAUUUGACAUUGUUCACUAAAGGAUGCAGUUCCACUUUAUGUAUUUCUUUUUGCAGCAUUUCUAACGCUAUCAUUUUAACAUAACAGUAAUAAAAACCAUAGAUACAGGCUCAGCAAAUCCGCAGGGUAUAGAUCACAAAGAGAGCGAUGCAUGAGCUCUGCAGAUGCCCCGAACCUGCCAAGAACUGUGAAGCCGUCAUCUGUGUGUGUGUGUGUGUGUGUGUGUGUGUGUGUGUGUGAGUGUGAGAGAGAGAGAGAGAGUGUGGAACCUGAGACUAAAUCGACUUAUAAAGCACAAUUGCAGUAGUUUUAGUAAGUUGGUACUAAAUUGACUUGUUGGUCAGCUUUGUAUGUGAACCUCUGAUGCACAGCAGCUAUCGAUCUUUACUUCUCAACCCCAGAUGAGUUUUUGAUUUCUUCUCAUGACCGUAAUAUAGGAACAGAUAAGGUGCAGGCCUUCACAGCUGUUGAUGCUGUAACUGCUAGGAUCAUAAUAAUACGUCAAAAUAUGAUUCAAACAGGUCAUAAUGAAAUAUUUACCAGUAAAUGAAAACUACCACAUAAUGUAGUUGUAUUCCAUUAUUACCUUAGCUUUAGUAAUUAGCAUUAUAGCUUUGAAAUGAAAGGCUUGUACCUUCUUCUUCUAUAAAUGCUUACGUUGGAUUUGUUCGCUAAAAUAGUUGUAAAAAGUUAGAAUAUUACUGUCUGGUUUUCUAUUAAUUACAUAGAGGUUUACUGUUGAAGUUCCAAUAGUUUUGACAAGUUACUACACAAUCUGAGAGUUCUGACAUCAGCUGCUGUGUGCAAUGACAUUAAAUUAGCAAUAAAAUAAAGCAUAGAUGCCUGAUCAUAUAAUACAAGUAAUCUGGUGGUAAUGAGGGAUCUGUACAGCCUGUUUCUUCAACUUUACAACUUAAUCAUAGAUGUUUUCUUUACCAUUGAUUAGAUUAUGAUUGCAACCAGCCUCAGCAUGAGCUCCUCACAGUUAAUGUUAGGAACACUGACUUCACAGCAGCCUUUUUCCAGAGUGUAAGAAAAGUACACUAAUACUGUGCAAACAUCAAGAUUAGUUCAUCCAAGCACAGAAACCAUAGACUACAAGGGAAGCAGGAAAGACCUCUAUAUUCCAGCCCCCUUUUUUCCCCAGAAUCAAUAAUGUAUUAAAUUAUUUUACUGAAGAGUAGUAACACCACGUACUUCUUUAAGGUACACUGUUUACGUUUUACUCCAUAAAAUAAUGUGAAUUAUAUAUUCAGCAUUAUUGUCUAUCUGAAACUGAUUAAUAGAGAACUCCACUUUAAAUAAUUGAAAUGAUGUCGGUACCUGUUGUUGAAAAAUGUUACAAUUGUGCCACCAAUUUGUUUGUUGCAUCUUUAGAAAUGGUUAAAGCUGCAAUGGCAAAUAAUCUUUAUUCUGUUCUUUUUGUUAUCUGUAUUUGAAUAUAUUGGGGAGCUAUUAAGACAGCAUUCUGGGCAAUGUAGUGAAUCACCAGCUGAAGCAUGAUUAGUGGGCUGUGGAAGGAAGUUUUUCACACCACAAAAGAACAAAACAAUAAACAGCAUCAAACGUUG